AAAGUUAAGUAGUUUCUUCUCCUGGCUGUUGCAGGGCUGAUCUUUGGAUGUACUGGGUGUGUUUUUAAGUAAGGGGUAGGAGGUGGAUUCUCUGAGUAUUUCGGGGAGUACAGGGUGUCCCUUUCAGGUCUGGUUGGUCCGCCCCCUGCAUGAGAAUACCCUGCACAGACCUCCGGGUCCCUAAAUGCAGGCAGUGCUGUGAAUGGAGAACUAGACGAGGAGACUGCAGAACAUACCGGCAACAUGAGAGUGCUGCUUUUAGUCCUGUGCGCUGUACUGGCCCUGUUAUGUCUGCCUCAGACAAGCCAUGGAGUUUCAUACUUUGGGGAUAGCUACUGUCGGAUAGAUGUGGUGCAGGAUCUGUCAAGUUUUCAUCUGUCACUCCAGUUUAAGACAAGCAGACGCAGUGGGCUGCUCCUCCUCGCUGCUGGAAACAAAGACUACCUGUCUCUGGAGCUUGUGAAUGGAAGGCUACAGGCAAGAAUGGAUAUGGGAUCAGGAGAAGUGGUGCUGAGUUCCUCCUCUGGUGUGCAACUUAGCAAUCUUAUAGAUCACCGUGUUUCUCUUAUGCUACAAGCAAACAAACUUGUCAUGAUAGUGGACGGCCUUUUUCCGACAUUUGUUGACUUGCAAGGAGAAGAGGAGGACCUUAGCAUUGAUAUGGGUUUGUUCCUUGGAGGCGUAAGAGAUUUGGAUGUUGAGUACCUCAGCACUGCUGUCCCCUUCCUCCGUGGCUGUAUGAGCGACAUAAAGUUCGAGUCUCAUCAGUUUAAUAUUUUGUUAUCUGCUGCAACUGUCUGCCAUGACACUAAAGAAGACUGCAGCACUGAGUUCGAAGCAGGAGAUGGGGAGGCCACCAGCUUUAUCAGUCCAGACUCCUUUGUAUCCUUCCCAACCUGGACCAGAGCCAACACUGGUUCUCGCAAUAUGGAAUUACUGAUGAAAACUACUAUCGAAGAUGCUUUGCUUCUCUUUCAUCCAGGUCACGGAUCUGAUUUCAUUGCUUUGGGUAUGACAGGAGGGUACCUAAAAGGUGUGGCAAAUCUGGGCAGUGGCAUAGUAAUUCUACACAAUGUGAAAGUAAAGCUGGAUGAUGAUCAGUGGCACAGGAUAAGAAUGCAGGUUGAGCCAAACACUUUUGAGAUAAUAGUGGAUAGUCAGUCUGUCUCUGUUCCCCUAAAUGGAUCAGAAAAACUGGACCUUGUGGGAAAUCUGUACUUAGGAGGUAUCCAGGGAAAAAUGAAAGAUGUAUUCCGUGAUGACUUCCUGACUCAUAUGGAGGAGGAGAUAACAUCUGAGUCUUUCAUUGGCUGCUUAGGAGAUUUCAAGGUGAAUCAGAAAGGCAGAAGCCUACAGGAUGCACUGAUUACCAAAGAUGUUCAUGUUAAAUGUGAAGGAGAAGAUUAUGACUAUUCCAGUUAUGACGAAUUUGAAACGACCACAACUACAGCCCCACCAGGUGGAACAUCAGAUGAAAGACACUGUUUACCAACUGAGGACAUGCCAGAAAUCUUUCGAAAUGUCUCUAAGCUCUUGGAUGUUACCCCUCUGCUGGUUCCAGAAAGUGGAGAAGCUUUUAUUGAUAUAAGUAACCUUAACCCAACACUCAAUCUGAAUGCUGCAGGAAUACGACAGUCUCAAAUUAUCUUCACCCUUCAGAAUGAUCCUUGGUUUGGGCUUAUAGACAUGAACAUCAAUACUAGGCGCACUAAAAAGUUUACUCUCUUAGAUGUGGUGAAUAAGAAGAUUAAGUAUCUUCAUGAUGGCAAUGAAAAGUACGGUGAUCAAAUCCAACUAGAAGUGGUUGCACAUGGUUCCAACCUCCCAGAGUGUUUGAAAACUCCCCACCAAUACAUGCUCCCAGUGGAAAUUCUCCCUGUCAAUGACGUACCCCAGCUUAGUGGUGAAGACAUUGCAAUUACAGCAAAUGGACGCACUCGCUUAAGCCCCAACCUUAUCAAAAUAGCUGAUUCUGAUAAGCGCUGUGACAAGUUGAUUGUUACCGUUACUUCAGAUCCAAACCCUCAUGGUUACUUAGAGAAUUCAGAGCACCCUGGUAGGGACCUGAGAGAGUUCACCUGCAGACAGCUCAAGGCUGGACUCAUUUACUAUGUCCACAGAGGAGGCUCAGUGGAUGGACUCACUCUAGAAGUUUCAGAUGGUAAUCAGAUCAGCGAGUCCACCUUUAGAUUAGCAGUAACUCAGCCACAGAUGAGCCUGGUGACGAACACUGGACUACGUCUCAUUCAGGGUGGAAACUCCACCAUAGGGAUACAGAACCUGGCUGUGUCUGGCACACCUAAAAAUGUAGAUAUCAUAUUCAAUGUUACACAGCCUUUGAGAUUUGGAGAACUGCAUAUUAUUGCACAUGAUGGUGUGCCAAAAAGAGUGUCACAAUUUUAUCAGUCUGAUCUGGAGCAGAAUAGACUAUUGUACACUUCUACAACGUUAGCUGAUCUGGAGGACACAGAAACAGAGUAUAUUCAUUUUAAUGCUAGGCUUGGACAGUUCAUUCUUCCAAACAACACAUUCAUAAUUAAGAUCAUGCCUGCUCAGGUAGUAAUGGCAAAUAUUGUCCCUAUUGAAAUUAUAUCAAGGGAGCCAAAAGUUAUCAAACCAUCUGAGUUAGAAGCUAUAGUAAAAGGGAAGAAUAUUGACUCAGGUUUUAUCAGAUACAUCAUUUGGAAGCGUCCGACACUGGGUGCCUUGAUGUUGCGGGAUAGAGAUCUGUCAGAUAGAGACAGUUUCACCCAACAGGAUAUUGAGGCUGGACAUAUCCGUUACAGACCCACAAUCCACAGGCCUUUUGAUGAUGAGGACAGUUUUCAGUUUAAGGUUUUUGCAGAGGAUCAGUACUCUCCAUUAUACACUUACCCAAUCAGUGUCAGAGCUGAUUCUAAUAUCCCUGUACUAACCAAUGAGCGACUGCUAGUACUAGAAGGAAAUGAAAGUGUCCUUAGUAAGGAACACCUCUGGGUGCAGAGUCCACAGUCCACAGACUUUGUGUACAGGAUUGUACAAGACCCUAUGCAUGGACAUCUCAUACGUGACUCCCCUCCUGGUGUGCCAAGGUUCGAGGGUGCAGUUCGAGUCUUCAGUAAUGAAGAUAUACUCUUAAACAGGCUUCUCUAUAAACAUGAUGGCUCAGAGAUCAGCCAUGACCAAUUCGUCUUUCUUGUCUUUGAAGUAAAUACAGGUAGCAGUAAUGUGCAGACUGAAGGAGAGGAGGUGAUCAAAGGAACAUUUAACAUAGCAAUUCAAUCCAGAAAUGAUUAUGUACCUCAGAGGGUCAUUAAUAAACCCUUCCAUGUGGUAAGAAAUGGUCAGCGUUUACUGACCACUGAUGACAUUCUAUUCAGGGAUGACGACUCCGGCUUUAACGACACCCAACUGGUUUAUGUUCGAGUCGGAAUUCUCUCCGGUAGCAUUGUGUCUUCUGCAGACACUUCACAACCCCUCUACCGUUUCACACAGGCGGACCUGAGAGAUGGGAAAGUUCUGUUUAUCCAUCAUGGUGCUGACCGGGAUCUGUUUCAGCUUCAAGUGUCUGAUGGAUUGCACAAGACCACAGCAUUGCUAGAGGUGCAGGCAGGUGAACCAUACUUGCAUGUAGUCAAUAAUACCAUGGUUGUCAUGGACUACGGCAAUACCAAGACUCUGGACACCAGUCUUCUGGGCACAGAGUCCAACAUGGACAUUAGGAGUGCUUCAGAAAUCAUAUAUGAUAUAAACACUCCUCCUCAUGAUGGCAGGAUUAUAGUCAGUGGUAUUGAGGCUACUCGGUUCACCCAGGAAGACCUCAAGAAAGGUGUGGUAUCCUAUGAGCACAGUGAUCAGAGCCUCCGGUCCACAGACUCGUUCACCUUCACUGUGCAUGCAAAAGACAUGUCUGAGAAAGGCACUUUCAGAAUUAAGAUCUUCAAGCAAGGAUAUUUGUCUGAACCUCAAGUUACCUUCAAUAAAGUGAUCAUUGCAUAUGAGGGUGAGCAUUCUGUCAUCGAUCAGGAUCAUCUCACGGUGGAGCAGGCUGACAUCUCGCCUACUGAGAUAGUGUUUAGCAUUAAAGAACCUCCACGUAUUGGCCAUGUGGUCAAACUGACCAAUGAUACUGAGAGCACAGUGUCUCCAGUGCUGGACUAUGUCCAGUCUUUUACACAAGAGGACAUAAAUAUGGGCACAAUCUUGUAUGUGUCAGCCUCACUACAGGGUCAAGACAUGUUCACUCUAGAUGUCAGUAAUGGUUUCACCACAAUCGAGGACCUAGAGGUGCAGGUGGACAUCAUGCCCCGGCUCAUACCUGUCCAAGUGGCCAACCUCACAGUGCGGGAAGGAGAUGCUGUGACUUUCACCGAAGACAUUCUCAACAUCACACAUCCUUUCUACCGGUCCUUUCAUAUAGAAUUCCUUAUAGAGGAGGCACCUCAACAUGGAGAGAUCAGAUAUCUGCACAGGGGUGACGAUGGGCUUGUGACUUUCAGCUGGGAUGAUGUGCAGCAGGGAACUGUCUACUACCUUCAUGACGGCACAGAGACCACAGAGGACAGUUUCACUUUCUCAGCCACUGCUUUUGAGUUAAAUCGCAGCAGCUUCUCCAUCACCAUCAGCAUCACGGUGAUCCCCGUCAACGACGAGGCGCCGCACCUGAGGCACAACACAGGCCUGGAGCUCCUUGUUGGUGAAGAAACAGAAAUCACAAGCAAAGCACUGAGCACAGACGAUAUGGACACCCCUCCAGACAAGCUGGUAUACAACAUUGAGGCAACCACGAGUGGAAUCAUUGCUCUGAAAGAGUCACCUGAUUUCAGUAUUGAAAUAUUCACCCAAGCUCAGAUCAACAACGGCGAGGUCAUUUUCAUCCAUAAAGGAUCUGAAUCUGGUGGUUUCAGUUUCACAGUGACAGAUGGAGACCACACAUCUCCGCUCCACCGCUUCAUCGUUACUGUCCGGCAGCUGACAAUCUCCAUGGAAGUACAGGGCAAGCUACUGGUCUUUCCUGGCUCCAGGCAAGUGAUCAAUAGUGAUAUCCUGCGAGCAGUGACCAGUGAGGAUGGAGAUGAGAUCAACUAUUCUCUCGUGAGGCCUCCACGUCUAGGACGACUCAUUAAGCCCAACCAAAGUGGACAAUUUGAGGAAAUCAGCCACUUUACACAAACCGAGCUGGAUGCUGGCGCCGUGUAUUAUGAACACCAGAUGCCAUCAGAAUCCUUCUGGGUAGUAGAAGAUGCUGUAGAACUUGAGCUCUCAUCACCGCCAGCAGCAAAGCUCCAACACAUUCUCCCUGUUACAGUGUCAUACUACGCCACACAUCGCAAUGUGUCUUCACAGCUGUGGAAGAACAAAGGUAUGUCAGUGGUGCAGGGGCAAUCUAAGGUUUUUGAUGUCUCCAUUCUGGAUGCUUCCAACCUGUUAGGCAGUGUAUCACAAGAAAAGCGGGUAGGCCAGGACAUAGUUUUUGAGGUACAGCAGUUCCCUAUACAUGGCCAACUUACUCUUGGAGGUGAUGAUCUUCCCCAAGAUGCACCCUAUUUCCUGCAAGAUGACAUCAAUAAAGGGAAGUUGGAGUACUACCAUGAUGACUCAGGAGCAUCUUCAGACAUAUUCUCUUUCCGUGUGUGGCUGAACCCUAAGGGUCACCGGCCUAAGGCUGUAUCUCCUCCAGCCGUGGUGCUGGAGGAGAACUUUCUUAUCUCAAUCAGACGUAGGGACUCCAGCCCCCCAGAGCUAGUCAGUCUGGACCUACUGCUGGAGGCUGUGCAAGGAUCUACUACUGUACUGUCCAAGCAGCACCUCAAUACUAUAGACCAAGACAGUACACCAGAUGAGGUCAGAUUCACCAUCAUAAAGAGCCCCACUAAUGGGCACAUCAUCUACAAGGAUACCGGGGACAGGAUCAUGCAGUUCAGCCAAGAGGAGGUAAACAUGGACCAGGUGGCAUUUGUGAGCGAUGGUAGCUUGUCUGAUGGUUUUAUGGAGUUCACUGUUUCUGAUGGGAAACACCAGUCAGAACCACACAUGAUGCACAUCGGCAUCCUGGCUAAGAAACUUGUGCUUAAUAAGGUACAGGAGAUCCAAGUAAAGCAGGGAGAUGAUGAGACUCCUAUCACAGAGGCCAUGUUGAAAGCAUCCACAGGAGGGCCAGUAGAGGAAGAAGUGCUAUAUAAAAUUACAAAUGUUCCCAAGUACGCCGUAGUGAUGGUGGACAGGCAACCUACCUCUGCCUUUACCCAAAAACAGAUUAGGGAAGGGAGAGUGAGUGUUCGUUUCAUUAAGUCCACUUCUUCAAAUGACAUUUUCUCCUUUGUAGCCCGCAGCAGAGCAGCUAACAUUUCCUCCAGCCUCAACAUAACAGUAAAACCCUUAGUAAACGUGGCCAAGGACCCCUUACUCCCACGAGGCACUAUAGUUCUGGUGGACAGAAAGCUGUUAGAUGCCACCUUACUUGCCAACAAGACCAAAACUACACCAACCUUCAGCUUGACCCAGCAGCCAAAGGGAGCAAGGUUCAUAAGAAGAGGAGGAUCUGCAGAUGGCCAGCCUGUGGAAUCCUUCACCCAGAGAGAUCUAGAUGAGGGACGAGUGGCUCUUGAAGUCCUGAACUCCACUGGGGAUCCAAAGGGCAAAGGUCACGAUCAGGAUGAAGCUCGCUUCCUCCUCAAGGCACAUGGAGUACCUCCAGCAGAGUGCAUUCUUUCCUUCCAGACAGUGCCUUAUGACCCGACAAGAAUCUAUGGUGCUACAGUACUUAAGCUCCCCCCAUCUGUGCCCAACUCUGACACAAGUAAAGCAGACCAGCCUCAUGUCAGAUGGCGUGAGGAUGGGAACUGGCCAUAUGAAGCAGGUGCCACCACACCCUCUACCACCUCUCAUAAAUCUCCUGUUUCUAGACGGAACUCACUGUGGGCCAUCCUUAUCCCCAUAUUAGUUAUCCUCCUUCUACUACUCGUAGCUGGUCUGCUAGCAUAUUACCUGGUGCGUCGCAACAAAACAGGAAAGCACAAUGUGCAGAAUGCUGCCACCAAGCCAAAAAAUGGAGAGGUGGCUCAGGAAACUUUCAGAAAAACUGAUCCAGCAAAUAACAUCCCUAUGUCCAAUAUGGAGUCUAAAGAUGCAGAUCCUGAAUUACUGCAGCACUGUCGGACAACAAACCCAGCCCUGAAAAAGAACCAGUACUGGGUAUGAGAGGGGAAGAUUACGACUCUGUUCCAUCAUGCUGUAUUGAUGUUUAGUGCAUAAUGACAGAUUCGCACAUAGGAAUUAGACUCUUUUUUUUGUGGACGCUUUCUCAAGUCAUUCCUAACAGUAUUAUGACGAUCUUCUCUUAUACUAGUGAUUGACAAAAAUCAUUUUGGCAAAUAAUUAAACUUUUGCUACACAGGUAGAUGUUAACCUGCUAGGCAUUACUGCCUGUUGCACCUCAUCCGAUGCCCAGUUGUCAUGCAAUCAGUGCAUGUAAACACUUCUCACAUGAGUCUGCUUCUGUUUUACACUGAUGAAGGACCAAAUCUUAUGAGGACUGGUUUAUGCACCUUUUCACUGUUAGAAAUAGAUUCUAAUAAAAGUCUACAGUUCUCAUAGAAACACCCAGUAGCUUCAGAUUGGGCCCAGACAUGUUUACAUGGUUGUAUAUUAAUUAGUCAGGUAAACAUCAGGUUCUUUGCCAAAACAUUGUACAGUGUACAUUACAGCAAUGAAGAUAUUUUGAUUAAGUUUUUUUUGUUUGUUUUUUUAAGAUUCAAAAAAUUCAUAAAAUUUAGGCUGAAAUUAAUGUUUAAUAUUUAAAUAGGCCUUUUGGACAUGAACAUUACUUAACAUGUUUGAAUUCUUUGUUGUAUUUUGAAAGUAAAUAAUUUGCAAGUUUGUUCAUAUUAAUAAUGAUGCAUGAAAAUUUCCCCCCAAUAUAUAAUUUCUUUAAAAAUCCAUUUGUUUUUACUCAAAUGAAUUGACAUUUUUUUUACUGUAAAAACGACUCAUCAAAAUAUGUUUAAGUGGGUAUAUAUUUGUUUUUGAUAACGUAUAAAAGAGGAUAUAUGAAUUGCUUAAAAUUGAAUUAAGGCGGAGGUUUUUGUUUUUGUUUUUUGUUUUUUGGUUGUUGUUGUUGUUUUUUUUUGCCUAAAAUAUCAUUUUUUAAUUCAGCUAUCUGUAGCACAUUGUGCCGUAAAUCCCUCAGUGCUUUGGUGAUGUAGCUGAAACAACUGAGAUUUUAUACAUACAUCCACUGGACUGAUUUAAGGCACUGAAGAAAAAUUUCUCUAUAAGUAUAUAAGUGUAUGUUGCUGAAGCCAAAAGGAAGUGACUCAGCAGUGGCUGUGUUGACAUCUACUAUUGGCUUAUCUAUCUAUUUAUCUAUUGGCUGAUACAACUUGUGGUUGCGGUCAUUAUUCUGAACUGAUGGCUCUAUUUUCCAUUGAUAUAAGUUCAUUCGAAAACGAAUUUUCAGAGAAGCUGUAAUUAUAUAUUUACUCACAGGAAAAUAUGGGCUGAUGAGCAAUUCUCUUGUAUUGUAUUUCAAUUGUGUGGAAAAGGUGUUUUUGUCAUUUUAACAUUUCCAGUCAUAUUAUUCCAAGGUCCUAACAAAGUUUUGCCUAUGUUUAUUCUUUGCUUGGAGAGUUCCACUCACUUUCUAUAUGUUGUAGUAUAUACCACUUCCAUAUAUAGUUUAUAGAGUGAUCUGCUAUAAAAGUAAGAGUAGAGAUCUUUGUUUCGCCCAGUGGACAUGCGUUACUCUAGCCUACUCCGUAACUUGGUAGUGAAAUUGUCCAUGGACUACACAUUCCCUAGCUGAUGUAGGUUUUUCAGCUUCAUACGUUAAUGAGAUACAUGUUGAAAAUAAUGAGAUAAACACAUACAUGAAGAAUCAGAUUUACCACAUUUUAGGUCUUCCUUGUUAGGGUUGGGGAACGAAGUUCAAUUUAUUCCUUGUUAUUUUCUGUUGUGUAUUUGGUUCAUCAGUGUUUUCCUACAUUGAACUGUACAUUUUAAAUUCCAUGUAGACACUUGGGUGUGGAAAGCAAUGCCAUUGAGUUAAGCUGACUUUUAAAUCAAUAUUUAGGUCAUAUUUAGCAGUAUUUAAGAUUUCUAGUCUGUAUCCUGCAAUAUUUCUUUUCUCUGAGAGUAGAAAUAAGUAGUGAUUGUCCAAGUACACUACGUUAUCUUUAAAAGAUUGUUCAAAUUAUUGCCAGCGUGUGUUCAUGUAGCUAACAUUAAGCAAAUGAUCCUGGAGCCCUGGUAUAGCUAUUAAGAAAUAGUUAUAGUUAUCGGUUAAGAAAUAUUAGAGAUCAUUUAAUUAGAGAAUGAAAUAUUACUCAGGUUUUAGGUUUAUAUUAUUUUCAUCAUGAUCUAUCAAGAAUAUAUUGCAAGCAGUGAUGAAUUUCUAUUUUUACAGUUCUUUUUUUUUUUUUUUUAUGUUUGUCUUCUUUGUAAAUAUUUAGGAGUUUUUCUUUCUUUUCCAGCCUGGAUAAACAUGCAAAAUUCUGUGUUGUGCUCAUGUACCUAGUUUUUUUUUUUUUUUUUUUAACUCAAGUAGUUCUUCUUAUUUAUUUUUCUCAUCUAGGCUUUCUAUACCUUGUCAAUAUUGCUCAACAAAUGAAAUAAAAUAAAAUAAAAAUAAAUAAAUUUUAAAAAAGGAAUGUA